AUGUGUGAACAGGAGCCGGGGCAAAGUUUCCACUGGGAUGACCUGGUAACGCUUGUGGCCGGCGAAAAGGAUGGUGGGGAGUACGUCAUUGACGAUGAGCUUGGUGACCGGCUGAGGACCAUGGCCAUGGAAUGCAACAAGGAGGCGGUGAUCACUGGAUUGAAGCGAGUGGAGGCGGCGUUCAAGCGAAGAAAAGCCCCGGGUCCCAGCUACACCGACAACGUGUCCUACGUGAAGAUGAUCCGUGCGAUAUGUGAGAAAGCUACCGCCGUCGAUCCGGGGGGAGCUGCUAUCGGUGGUGGCGUCGGUAGCAGCGAUGCGGGGGGCGUGGGGUACGGCGGUGGCGGUGGCGGCAAUAGCAGCGGCUCGGGUAGCGCGGUCCCGGGGCACGGGGGUGGUGGCGGUGGCGGUGGCGGUGGCGGUGGCGACGCCACGGGUAGCGCGGUCCCGGAGCACGGGGGUGGUGGCGGUGGCGGUGGCGGUGGCGGUGGCGGCAAUAGCAGCAGCUCGGGUAGCGCGGUCCCGGGGCACGGGGGUGGUGGCGGUGGCGGUGCCGACGCCACGGGUAGCGCGGUCCCGGGGCACGGGGGUGUUGGCGGUGGCGGUGGCGGUGACGGUGGCGGUGCCGACGCCACGGGUAGCGCGGUCCCGGGGCACGGUGGCGGUGGCGGUGGCGGUGGCGGUGGCGGUGGCGGUGGCGGUGGCGGUGGCGGUGGCAGUGCCGACGCCACGCCCGCGUUCGACGUCGACACUGUGACGAGAAGCUUGAUGGAUAAGGGGAAAGGCCCUUUGGCUUCAAAAUGGUGGCCCAAAGCGAUACAGUCGUCCAAGAACCAAGCGACAGCCUUCUCAUUUUUUUGUCCAAAAUUUCCGGAAGUAGUCGCCAGAAUCAACGAGACAUGUGUGCGGGGAUUUCCUCGAGGUCAAGAAUCCCGUGACACUUUUCUGACGCCGACAAUAUCGGCUAGAGCAAAGAAAAAGUAUAACCUCGGGUUCACUUUCGCCCAGCUGAGAGAUGGUGGAAUCGCGGUGGCCUUACCCGACGACAUGCAAAAGGAAGUCAAGGAGCUCAACGAGAAACAUGGAAGGAGCUUGACUCUGGAGCAAUGGGAGCAGUGCAUGAAUAGGUCGGUCGCUAUAAGGGAAGAAAACGGAAACCCGUUGCCAGAGCUGCCAAAUAGAAAACUGCGCUGGGAGAAGACGGCUUCCGGGGCGGAUGAUGGGGAUGUGGAACACGGUGGUGGCGGUGGCGGGUCUGGGGAUGGCGCUGACGGAGGGCAGCGGUGCGGUGGUGCUGGCGGAGGUUCGGGACGCGGUGGAGGUGGUGGGUCUGGGGUGGCCAGACGCCACCACACAUGCACCUGGGGCUUUCCCGAAGGUGAAAAAUCUCGUGGCUAUUGUGGCACAUCGCAAUUAACGGCCAGAGCACGGGAGAAAUUUAACCGCGGGAUCGCUUUCGUCCAGCUGAGAGAUGGUGGGAUCGCGAUGGCUCCACCGGGCGACCGACAAAAGGCACUCGACGCGCUGAACAAGGAACAUCGCCAGACCUUGACUUUACAGCAAUGGGAACAGUGCGUGGACGAAGUGGUCGGCCGUCGGGAAAAGGUGUUCACAAUGCCAGAGCGUCCUGACCUGCGCUGGGAGAAGACGGCUACCGAGGCGGGUGAUGGGGAUGUGGAUCACGGUGCGCAACACGGUGCUGGCGGUGGUGCUGACGGGGGUUCGGGACGCGGUGGCGGUGGCGGCGGCGGGUCUGGGGGUGGCGCUGACGGAGGACCGGGGUGCGUUGGUGCUGGCGGAGGUUCGGAGCGCGGUGGCGGCCGCGGGUCUGGCGGCGGGGGAAGCCGUGGCACAAACCGCGAUGGCGGUGGCGGAGCGGGACGUGGUGGCGAGUCGGAACGCGGAGGAAGCAACAGCCCCGGGGGCGGUGGAGAGGGUGGUGCGAAGCGUGAGAGGAAGCGUGUGAUCGACGCACCCCCGACCCUGGACACGUUGAUGAAACAGGGGAUGCCGUUUUACCUUUUCACGUUCCCUCACACACCGCAAAACGUUCCAAACUCGGAUUUUCCGGUGGAAUCCUUCCAACCCACAACGACGAAGCUCCUCGAGGAUGCGCAAGGCACCUACACCUGCCCUUCCGAGAUCCUCAACCUGAAAGGGGUAUUUUCGGAUGGGAACGUUGGCCAGAGGGUGGUCAAGAACUUUAAUCUCGGCAAGAUGGUUGCCGUGAUGCGACAUGGCAAGGGGGUCAGGACGGUGUGCACGGAGGACAUGCAUGCCGAGCUACAGAAGACUCGCGGGGUGACGCGACUGACCCCGGAGCAAUACAUGCCGUUGCUGAAGGAAGCGGUGAAGGCGAAGGACGGCCAGCGCAAGCGCGACCAAGCUGACGCGGUGGCGGCGGCGGAACGUUCCGGCUCCGAUGACCGGAAGAGGAAGGAGGCUCCAACUGGUGGUGGAGCCGGUGUGAUGAAGAAGAAGACUACACAGGCAGCUGGAGCCGGAGCGGGGGGUGGUGCUGGAGACGACGGAGGGGUGGAUGAUGCAGCGGUGGGCGGUCGAGCCAAAGCCGGGGCGGGGGGUGGCGUGGGCGGCCGAGACAAGGAGACGACUGCACAGGGAGCUGGAGCCGGAGCGGGGGGCACAAGCCGCGAUGAAGCCGGAGCGGGGUGUGGUGCUGGAGACGACGGAGGGGCGGAUGAUGCACCGCGUGGGCGGUCGAGCCAAAGCCGGGGGGGGGGGUGGCGUGGGCGGCCGAGACAAGGAGAGGACUGCACAGGCAGCUGGAGCCGGAGCGGGGGGCACGAGCCGCGAUGGCGGUGGCGGAGCGGAACGUGGUGGCGAAUCGGAACGCGGCGGAAGCAGCAGCCCCGGGGGCGGCGGCGGAGGAGGAGCGGGACGCAGUCGUGACGGUGUAGAGGGUGAGGGCAAGCGUGUGCGCGGCGCACCGCCGACCAUUGACAUCUUGAUGGAACGGGGGUUGCCGCUGAACCUUUCGAAGUUCCCUGCUGCACGACAGAAGAUCAUAGACCCGAACUGUCCCGUGCGUUCAUUCAAACCCUCGACCACAAAGCUCUUCGAGGAUGUCAGAGGAACAUACGCUUGCCCUCCCGAGGUAGUCAGCGGGCAAGUAUUUAGGGAGGACAAGCGUGCGAAAGAGGUGGUGAAAAACUUCAAUCUCGGCAGGAUGGUUGCCGUGAUGCGACACGAGAAGGGGGUCAGGAUGGUGUGUGCAGAAGACAUGCAAGUCGAGCUCCAGCAGACUCGUGGAACGACGGGACUGACCCCGGAGCAAUACUUGCCGUUGCUGAAGGAAGCGGUUAGGAUGAAGGACGACCAGCGCAAGCGCGACCAAGCUGACGCGGCGGCGGCGGUGGAACGUUCCGGCGCCGAUGACCGGAAGAGGAAGGGGGCCCCAACGGGUGGUGGAGCCGAUGUGAUGAAGAAGAAGCCUGCACGGGCAGCUGGGGCCGGAGCGGGGGGCGGUGCUGGAAACAACGGAGGGGUGGAGGAUGAACCGGGUGCUCUCGGCAGCGGUGGUGGUGGGGGUGGCGGAGCGGCGAACGGCGACGGUGAAGGCGGGGGAGUUGGUGGUGGAAGCAGUGCUGACGGAAAAUCCAACAACAAGGGUAAACGCCCGGCAAGAUUCGCGGGCGUCGCCGGAGCGGCUCCGUCGGCUCCGUCGGCUCCGUCGGCUCCUGGUGGUGGUGUCAGUGGCUCCGAAACUGAAUCGGAGAUCAACUCCGACGAGGGCGACGACGGAGCGGCUUCGCCUGGUGGUGCAGAUGCAUCGGUGGUCAGCUCCGACGGAGAGUACGACGGCAAGGCUUCGCCUGGGGGUGAAGAUGCAUCGGUAAUCAGCCCCGACGAUGACGGUGGGGAGUAAGGAAGGACAUCGGCGCACACCGGCGGCAGCCGCGGAUGAGGAUGAGUUUCCAAGAUGCUUAAGUUGGCAGUUGUGACCGAGACAUUCACAGCAAGUGGUAAAUGUAUUUUUAUGAAGAACUCUGGGUGAGCAGAGAGAGUACCCGGGAAGGUACCCGGGAAGGUGACCCCGAUCAGAGAUCUGGAAAGGGAUGUAAAAACUCCUGCAAUUUAUUGCCUACAGAUAGUUGACGACAACGUCGAGUCCCUAAUUAAUAGGGAUAGACAGCGUUGGUGAACAAUGUAGAGAGAUCGUAACCAGCAAUGCGUUCAAUGGUGCGUCGAAGCCAUAAUGAGUUAGAAGUUCUUCAGACAGCAUCGUUUCGAGAGGACACGGAUGUAUAUCGUUUCGAGAGGUCUUAUGCAUCGGAACUGUAGAAUGACGUAGUUCUUGAGAGGACAUGUUGGAAGUGCUUGUAGUACAAGAACGGCUCUAUUCUACUGCAUGGGUUUAUGCGGUAUUGUGAAAGCGUCGGCAAGUCUGUAACCGUCAGGUGAAGACAGCUUGGGCGUCGGUGUGAAGAUAAUACAAUCACUC